UGUUUCCGGGAUACAACAACACUUCCGUUCCCUGUCCUGUGUAUGUGUGUUUCAAAUAUUUCCAUUUGAGGAGCGUUUCGAGAUUUGCAGCUCUAAAGAAGAAAAGAGAGGACUUUGCAAAUAUGGAGACAGAGGAAGUAGCAGCUGAGGCACCUGUAGAACCACCAACCGAAGCGGUAGAUGCAAAUACUGACUCAAACAAAGAGCCCACUGCAAGCACAGACAUUCAGGACAUUCAGAACCAUGUCACAGACAACAACAAAGAGGAAGCCCUGACUGAGACGCAAGGUGAGUCUGCCAAAGUCACAGAAGGGGAGACUGCCCCUAGUGGACAAGUCACGGACAAUCCUUCUUGUGACUGGUUGGAGCCACUUGAAGAAGACUGUGAUGAAGCUGAUGCUCAGAGCUGUGAUCAGGAUGGAGCAGAGAGCCUUGCGGGGAGCGAGAGGAGUGGGAGCAUGGCUAGUGGAUGGAAGAACUUUGGGGAAAGAGGGGGCAGAGGUGGCGGAUUUAAACCUCGGAGGAGACCACAGUGUGAGGCUGAUGAUGGCUGGGAAGAUUGCCCUUUAUUAGGGGAAGGAUGGAAACGCAAACAGGUUUUCCGUCGGUCAGGCACAAGUGAAGGACGCAGUGACACGUACUAUACAAGUCCUGCCGGUCAUAAAGUGAGAAGUAGGGUUGAGCUUAUGAGAUACGUAAAUCCUUCCAUCGACCUCACAAACUUUGAUUUCAAGACGGGCAAGAUCCUUGAUGAAGUGGUUCCAAGAAGAGGAAGGAAGAGGAAAGUGGAUUCUCCCCUGCUAUACUUCGGAGGCUCCUCUGAAGUUCCAAAUCAAUUAACGGAUACAGGUGGCUGGGCCUGUAGUUCAGGAUCUUCAGCAAAUCUCAGUGCCUUUCAGAGAGAAGGCACAUAUGUCAGACCGAUGGUUGAGAAUUCCAGAACCAUGCCAGAUACCAAUGUCCCAAGCAUCACCAAUCCUCCCAAUGUUGGUCCAACUGAAAUUCCAGCGAAGCCAACUGCUCCUCCCCCAGGGGGUUCAGGCGGGCUUGUGAAUGGCAGUGGUGGAACUUCACGAUCUUUGUUGACUGUCUGCGUAAAAUGUAAUAAAACAAUUGCAUUUGAAGAGGGACAAACUCUGUGCCAGACCUGCCAGCUUGAGUGUAACAUACCAAUAGCAAGAGGCAGGAAACCCUACAAAAAGUGGGUGCCAUGUGGCCGGUGCCGGGCUUGCCAAGUUACGGUGGACUGUGGAAAAUGUGUUAGCUGCAGAAAUGGCAAGCUUCGGCUUCGACUGAAUAUCCGCUCCCGGAAAAUCGUUAAAUGUCGCAGACGAAAAUGUUUACACCCUGUCCGUAGGGACAAGAGUGGAAAGACACAAGGAGGACACUUUUCAAACACAUUUGGAUCCCUGAGCACUGCUUCAAAUAUUUCAAAACCUUCAGUCUCAGAUUUUGAGGAAUCGCAGAGCUCCUUGCCACAGUACAGUGACUCAGAGGAUCUGUCUCUGUUCCUUGGCGGUAAUGAUGGUGACUAUGGCUAUGAUGAGAUGGUUGCGGGAAAGUUACGUCGCCGGUCCUGUGGGAAAUGUAGAGGUUGUGUUCGACGUACCGACUGUGGAACCUGUGAUUUUUGCAUGGACAAACCCAAGUUUGGAGGCAGGAAUAAAAAAAGACAGAAAUGCCGUCUACGGCAGUGUGAAAGAGAGGCUAUGAAGCAUUUGCUGCCCAUGGAUGAGAAUCAGUCGGACAUGCUUAUUCCCGAGGAACGUGGCAGGCCAAGGCCACGUUACACAUAUUCACGUGGUAGACCCAGGAACAGAAGAUCAUGGGAUUUCGAGGUCUCAGAUAAUGAGGCUGAACGUUAUGAGAGCCCAAAGCCUUUCUCAGGUUCUGCACAGAUAGUGAAAAGAGACAGGCUCGUCUUCCCCAAUUAUAAUGGAAAGGCCUACAGUUAUUCUGACAUUCCAAACAGUUAUAUGCUUAACCACAUCCCACUCUACAGCUCCCAAAAAGUUGAGAUCAGCCCCCAGCUGUUCGUUGGAAGGGCAGAAAUGAUCAAAGAAAAUGGGCUUCAAGGCAGUGGCAUCAAUAGCAGAGGCCUUCUGUCUGUUAGACCAGAAUUUCAGCAAGAUGUCCUUCCUGCAGCAAGAUGCGAGAUAAUGCCAUUUCCCCCAAGCUAUGGAUCUGGUGCUGUUGAACAGGAGUUCGAGUCUUCCCCAUCGAUCACCCAGAUAUUCAGUAUGGCUGACAAUGACCUUGCCACCAAAGGUAUUGACCUCGAUCACGAGCUGAUGCAGCUCCUGAGGUCUCUUCGCAGCACGGUACUUCCUGUCCUCUGGUACUGCGUUGCAAAGGAGGGGCCACAGUUGCAGCUAAUGCAGUGCUCCAAGCGCUCCACUAUGGCAGACACCAUCGUUCAUAUCGAGCCUAACUUCCACUACCACAUCAGCGUCCAGGAACAGCCCCUCUUACCCACCCACAAACUCUACGACAGCCAUCCACCUCUUCUCACCACAACGACAGAGAUCAUUGCCCUCCUCGAGGAUCUGGAAAAGCAUGCUGUCUGCCAGGGCUUUGCGAACAAAGGUUCUCCACCUGGACCAGAGCCGGUUCUUCCUGAGCGGGCGGCAACCUGCGACUUCCUCAUUUUACCAGAGGCAGAACGCUGUCCAAAAUGCUCAACACCACAGCAGGCAUAGAGAAAAUGUUCAGCACAUAAGAACAGGUCUGAAAGGAAUAGUUUACCCAAACAUGACAAUUGUCAUCAUUUGCUCACCUUCAUGUUGUUUCAAACCAGUAUGACUCCUUUUUUUCAUAUGCGGAACCCAAGAGCAAAAUCUUAAUGAAUUUUCUGGUCUUUCUAUUCAAUAUAAUGGCAAUUGAUAGUGUGCAACUCACUUUAAACUUUAAAAAAGCACCCAAAAGUAUCACAAUAGUUGUCCAUGAGGCUCCUGUGACUUAUUCCGAGUCUUCUGAAGACAUACGAUAGGGUUUUAAUGAGAAAUAACCCGAAAAGCAUUCAUUUUUCAGUGAAAAUCUUGAUGUCUGUCGUGCGUUCAUGAGUGCAUGGGAGAAGCGUGUUCACGUGAGAACUUGAGUUGUUUUUAGCGAUAAACCUUAAAUCUAAUGAACAAACCGCUACUUUUAUGGUCCUUUUUUAUGUUUUAAAGUAAUUUGCUAUGAACUAUCAUUGCAGUUAGUAUAUAUACAUUUUUUGUGUUCUACAUAAGAAAGUCAUACAGGUUUGGAAUGACAUAAGUGUGAGUAAAUUAUCAUAGAAUUUUCAUUUAAGUAAUACUCCUCCUAUUUUUGCCAGUUAUGAACUAUUCCAGUCAAAUUACAAGAUUAAAUAUCUUCCUCCUCCAAAAUAUAAAUAUUGAAGCACACUUUAUGAUUUUUUCAGAGGGAUACGAACAUUACAUUGACUUUCAAAUGAAUGCUUUGUUGCUUCAAACCACUGAAUCACAAAUUAUGAACAUACGGUACAAUUAUAAAUCAUGUUGUGUUCUAGCUCUUACUCUGUUAUUACCCCCUAUUUAGGUUUAAUAGCCAUUGCUGCAUCCUGACCGCCAAGAUUAUUUUUUUACCAUCUAGUAUAUAAACAUCUUUUUUUUCACCCACAAUGGCUAACGAUACAUUUUGAACCCUGACCGUUCAGUUUAACUGUACAUCAUGCCAUGCACUAAGCUUGUAAUAGUUUACAGAAUUGAAGUUUAAGUGAAUCAUGUUUCACACCAUCGUUAAACAUCAAUUCUGGUUUAAUUCCUCACACCAAUAAUGUCUAUACAUGGUCAUAGUUCUAAUGCUUAUGUACUUCUCAGGGGGGAUUUUUCAGAAUGCAUUAAUCAGAUGGAAGAUCCAUAUGUGUUGAAAGAUUUAAUAUUUGCUGUUUGAUAUGGGAUGAGGCUGCUCUUUGUUUUGAAUAGACAAUUUUGUACAUACUGCGAAACUUAUGGCAGUUAAAUCGGAUAGAUCAAUUCUAGUGAUAAUUUUUUUUAUAUAAACUUGUCUUUUUGGUUCCAGAAUUUUCUCAAAUUUUCAUUUCCUGUUACAGAACAUUCUGAAUUGUGUUUGUAUGUGCUUUCAUAUAAAUAAUCCGAUAAUUCUCUUUAUUUAAUAAAUCAUAUUAUCAGUUUGA